CAUCCAUCAGGCUAAACUCAUGGGACUCGUUCUGGCUCUCUCUCCAGCCGUUUGAACCGUCCAAGCAUCCCGAUGCCGGUUCCAGGAGAAUCUGCACCGCAGCACACUUUACCCUGACUGGCUCGAACGCGACUUCGAACUUUACGCUGUUGAACACCCACCUGGACGACCGCUCGGAUGAUCAGCGCAAGCUGGCCGGCGCGAUGUUGCUCAUGCGCGCCCGUUACGAGGCUGCGAACACAGGCGGCCCGGUCUUUGUAGUCGGCGACUUCAACAGCCCGCCUACCGGUCCCGACGCUGGCGCCUACAACAUCAUCACGGGCGCCAUCGCUCCCGUACCGGUCCCUGCAGACUUUGAGGAAAAGUACAAGGUCAAGCGGGCCACCCUGCCCGACUUCAAGCUGCUCGAUCUACGUGCGGUGGUCCCGCGACACGUCGUCGGCACCAACUACGCGACCUUUACCGGCUUCACCGCUCCGGACGACGCGUCCAUCUGGUCGCGCAUCGACUUUAUCUUUGGAGCCAACAACGGGGGAUGGGAGGCCACGAGGUACAAGGUCGAUACGGCCUUGACGGACGACGGUACAUUAGCUAGCGACCACCGGCCCGUCUUCGUGGACGUUGUACUCUGAACGAUGCCUUGUGUAUCAUUCGAACAUGAUGGGUCGCAAGCACGCGCACGAUUGCUCGACGUUGCCGAAUGGCGUUUGCGCGGGCGACCCCACGUGAGCCGUCUUCGAUGGCCUGGUUUGGCCGGCGCACCGUCAGGCGGACACCCCGCACGGCCAUCGAAGGACUGAUAUUCACGAGACGCCCGCGGCUGAUGCUCGAGAAGGCCCAUCUUGACUGGCCUGUGACGAACGUUGAGCGAGGGCUCUUCCUUCUCAAGCACGUGCGCGCGCUUCCCGCGCAUCCAUCUCUCCAAUAUGCAUGCUCUCCGGCGCCUUCUGUCUCUCAUACUUCCCGUCUUCAGUCUACCGAGCUACGGCUUGCGCUGAUCCGUGUAGAUGACAGGGCGUUUACACAUGUUCGUGUCAUGGUCAUCUCGUCUAGCCUAACUACAUAAACGCCGUCGAUGGGGGACGGCUUCCGGCAACACUCUCCGGUACGCGCCAGACCGAUGUCGUUCAAACAGCUUUUCCUCGCGGCCCUUUUCGUAGGAUGGUCCAGCGUGGCCCGCGGGUUCCGCAUCGCCACCCAUAACCUGCGGUUUGACUCCAUGCCGGACAACAUCACGGUCCAGCAAUCUAUCGCCGCGCUGCCCGACCCGCUCACGCAACCUGCAUUCCUCGCGCUCAGUGGAGAGCAGCCGUGGUCGACGAGGCGUAUCAAGAUCGCCCAGCACCUCAUUAGCGAAGGUCUCAGCCUCUUCGGCGUCCAAGAAGCGCUCGUUAGGCAGGUCAACGAUCUCCAAGAGCUCUUUGGCGACGAAUGGGCGCACUUCGGUGUCGGCAGAGACGACGGCGCCGAAGCAGGCGAAUUCAGCGCCAUCUAUUACAAGAAAUCCGAUGUCACGCUGUUGUCCAACGACUCCUUCUGGCUUUCGAACGAACCGUUCGACGCUGGCUCCAAGUUCCCCGGCGCUGGAUCCGUGCGCAUCUGCACCGCGUCGCGCUUCACGCUCAACACGGGACCCAGCGCGCCCGUCAACUUUUCCUACCUGAACACGCACCUCGACGACAAGUCGGACGACCAACGCAAGCUGGCCGCGUCCAUGAUCCUCAUCCGCGCCCGUUUCGAAGCCGCGACGCACAACAACCCCGUCUUCGUCACCGGCGACUUCAACAGCCACGAGACCGGAUCGGACUCGGGUGCGUACGAGAUCAUCACCGGCGCCGCCACCCCCGUCGCCGUGAACGCGACCUUCGCCGCGAGAUUCGCGGUUCCGGACGACGAGCAGCCGGACUUCAAGAUGCUGGACUUGCGCGCGCAGACGGCCAGGAUCAACGUGGGCGCCAACUUUGCGACGUUUGCCGGGUUCUCCGCCCCGAACGACACGUCGCAGUGGGGGAGGAUCGACUUCGUGUUCGGAGGCAGCAACGGGGGAUGGAACGUCACCGGAUACAAAGUCGAUACUUCACUCACCGACGACGGCACAGUGGCCAGUGACCACCGUCCUGUUUUCGCGGAUAUACAGAUCUAAUGUAGCCCAACGAUGAUGAUGGCAUAAUUUGUAGCGUGUACCCGACCGAUCGGCACUCGGAAUGCGAAAGGUCCUGUGCAUCUCAUAUGCUCAGCUAUAUGCGAUUCAU